CCCUGCGGCGCCCCGUGGACCGCGGGUACCUGAUCAACCCCGACGCCGAGCGCGACGUGUGGGACCGCGUCCUGCGCGGGCUCCUCCGCGCCGACCCCUCCCGCUCCUCCCUCCUGCUGGUCGAGCCCCUCUUCAACCCGCCGUCCCUGCAGCGCGCCGCCGACGAGCUCGUCUUCGAGGAGUUCGGCUUCCGCUCGCUCUGCGUCGCCGACCCGCCCUCGCUCGUCCACCUCUACGAGGCCAGCCGGCGGGCCGGCGCGGCGCAGUGCAGCCUCGUCGUCGACUGCGGGUUCUCGUUCACGCACGCGGCGCCCGUGCUCCACAACCUCACGCUCAACUACGCCGUGCGCCGCAUGGACCUCGGCGGCAAGGCGCUCACCAACUUCCUCAAGGAGCUCGUCUCCUACCGCUCCCUCAACGUCAUGGACGAGACCCUCCUCAUCGACCACGCCAAGGAGUCCCUCUGCUUCGUCUCCCUCGACGUCCCCCGCGACCUCUCCCUCGCCAGGAGAUCUGGGAAAGACAACCCGUUCAGGUGUACCUAUGUGCUGCCUGACGGCAUCACUCAUACAAAAGGAUUUGUGAAGGACUGGGAUGAAGCACAGAGGUAUCUCUCUCUCUCGGAUGGAGGCCUGACUGCAAAUUCGGUUUUGAAUAAGGUAGUUGAUUCUCGCGGUGAUGCAGACAAUGAUGACGAUCAUCGGCCAAAAGUCGACUUGACUAAAAAUGAAUUUCAAUUGACAAACGAGCGGUUCCUUGUGCCUGAGAUGCUUUUUCAUCCAGCUGAUCUGGGUAUGAAUCAAGCUGGACUGGCUGAAUGUAUUGUUCGUGCUGUCAAUGCAUGCCACCCAUAUCUUCAUCCUGUACUUUUUGAGAGCAUUAUACUGACUGGCGGAAGUACUUUGUUCCCUCGAUUUGCAGAAAGACUAGAAAGAGAGCUUCGACCUCUCGUGCCUGAUAACUACAAAGUGAAGAUAACUACUCAAGAGAACCCUAUUUUGGGAGUUUGGAGAGGCGGAUCGCUGUUAGCAUCUAGCCCUGAUUUUGAAUCAAUGUGUGUCACAAAGGCGGAGUAUGAGGAGAUGGGAUCAAGCCGAUGUCGCCGGCGUUUUUUUCACUGAAGUUUCUUUAUUGGAAUAUUAUAGUUGUACAUAUCUCCCGUGGCCAAUGGAAAGCUGCAUGGUGACAUGGUGGAAAUCUAUGCAGCAGGAAGAAGCACCAAGAUUUCAGGGAUUAGCAAGGAUUGGAAAAGGGUUGAUCUUGUGCCAUCUGCAGCAUAUAGGCAUUGGAAUGCUGCAAAAUGGAUGAUAUUUUGUGACUGUAUUCAUCUUGUGGCUCCUCCUAUGCCUUACACGUCAGCCAUCAUAUGUUUUCAUAUUAAAAAGCCAUUCUAGUAGUUGCCAUUCAUGGGACAUCAUUGCGGCGGUUGAACAUUAUAAAUCAGUUUUAAUAAUUCAUAUGAAAUUGAUUGAGGCCUGUAUAGUCCUCUACUUGAGAGGCAGGAGCCUGUUGCGAGUGCCAAGUUGGUCUAUUUUGAGUCAAUUUCAGAUGUCAGCUGGUAGAAUCCCCUGUUUGUCGGUUGUGAUCUUCUUCCAAAGAUGUCAGUUUUGAGUUGGAUGUUCUUAUCUGUUUGAGCUGAUAUUCGUAUGAAUUUAAUGGACUUUUUGUAUGCGAGGCUAUCAAUUUUUACUACCUUAUUAUAAAUUGAAGAAAGGGCAUCUCAAAUACUGGUCCUUGUUCAGGCAAUGACAUCUAAA